UAUACAUUUUAAUGAAGCCGGUUGAUCUUGAUCAAGAAAUAUAAAAUUUUAAUUGAGAAAUUGCGAGUUCUCGAAGUUUCUAGUUUCGACUUUCCAAGGUUGCUUACUAUGUCAGUCAUUUAUAAAACAGCAAGUAAUUAAGUACUAAAAAACGUAAUUUUUAUCUAUAAGCGUAAUAACAACGAGGAAUUUAAUUAAAUUUGGAUCGCAGUUUCUUAAACUCAGAACAAUGUCGACUCAAGCAUUUAAAAUCCACGAAGUAGUUCCAGAUGUUAUUGAUAAGCCUCCAGCUGCGGUUUUGCAAGUUAAUUACGCAAAUAACGUUAAAGUCGAGCUGGGCAUUGAAUUGACACCAACUAAAGUCAAAGAUCCACCAACUGUCCAUUGGGAUGCUGAUUCUGGAUCUUUCUAUACGCUUUGCAUGACUGAUCCAGACGCACCAAGUCGUGAACAGCCGACUUACCGCGAAUGGCAUCACUGGUUAGUCAGUAACAUUCCCGGAAAUGAAAUUUCCAAGGGUGAAGUAUUGUCUGAUUACAUCGGAUCAGGACCACCCCAAGGUACCGGCCUCCAUCGCUACGUCUUCCUUCUCUACAAACAGCCUGAAAAAUUGUCUUUCGACGAGAAACGUCUGACAAACCGCAGUGGUGACGGUCGCGGUAAAUUUUCCAUUAAAAAGUUCGCUGAGAAGUACAAGUUGGGUGAUCCAAUUGCUGGUAACUUCUAUCAGGCUUCCUGGGAUGACUAUGUUCCUAUUUUAUACAAACAACUCGGCGAUUAAGUCUUCCUUUUUUAUUAACAGUAAAAGACAUUGCUAUUGGUUAAAAAAUAUGUAAUUGUCAUUAAUAUAUACAUAUAUAUUCAUAUUACAUGAUUCAAAUAAUAUAUAUGUAACAAAUGGGAACAGUCUUCUAUAUUCAUAAUAAAAAAAUCAACUAAUA